CCCCGCCUUCGCCGCGCGCCGCGCUCGAGCCGCCUCAGCCGGGUGAGCGGUACUGGAGUUAGCCCAAAUGUCAUCUGUGACCCCGUCAGGCAGUGGAAAGGGGGUUGGGAAGUCGACUAACUUCACUCCGGAACUGCAAAGCAUGAUGUUUUCCUUAGGGGAUGCUCGCAGGCCUCUCCAUGAAUCUGCGGUAUUGGUGGAAGACAUUGUUCACACUCAGCUGAUUAAUCUGUUGCAGCAAGCUUCCGAGGUCUCUCAGAUGAGAGGAGCCAGAGUGAUUUCUGCAGAGGAUAUUCUUUUCUUGAUGCGGAAAGAUAAGAAAAAGCUCAGAAGGCUACUCAAGUAUAUGUUUUUCCGAGACUACAAAUCUAAAAUCGUCAAAGGCAUCGAAGAAGAUGAUCUUCUGGAAGACAAACUCGGCGGCAGCAGUGGCAACAUCAACAAGCGGCAGAAGAUUGCUCAAGAUUUCCUUAUCUCCAUCGAUCAGACAGGAGAACUCUUGUCCUUGUUUGAAGACGAUGAGGUUGAUGACGUAAAGCAAGCGAGAAUGGAGAGAGCAGAAAGACAAACCCGAAUGAUGGACUCGGCACAGUACACUGAAUUUUGUGAAAGUCGUCAGCUGAGCUUUUCUAAGAAAGCUUCCAAGUUUCGAGACUGGUUGGACUGCAGCAGCAUGGAAAUAAAACCGAACGCUAUCGCCAUGGAGAUCUUAGCUUAUUUAGCCUACGAGACUGUUGCACAGCUGGUGGAUCUGGCCCUGUUGGUCAAGCAGGACAUGGCGCCCAAAGCAGGUGAUCCGUUCAGUCACGCAAUAUCCGCUACCUUCAUUCAGUAUCACAACCCAACCGAGAUGCAUGCUUUAGGGCAGACAGGAAAUAUGAAGAGCAGCCCAGAUUCUCCUGAGAACACGCCCCCAGCUACACCCACGCCUCCUGCCUCUGGCCCCCAGCAUCUUGGGAAGACUCAGUCUGGAGCCAUCGGGAAUGGCAGCAUUCCACAAGACUCUUCCAAAUCGAAACAGCGAAAGAGGAAAAAGAGCGCUGCCGCUUGUGGUGCCGAGGCUCACAGCGAUGCCAUCCAGCCAGCCCACAUCAGAGAGGCCAUUCGGCGCUACGGCCACAAGAUUGGCCCCCUUUCCCCGUUCACGAGUGCCUACCGCAGAAACGGGAUGACUUUCCUCGCUUGCUAAUGUGGAUUGUGGCCAGAGCGACCGGAAAGGCAGAGUUAUAUUAAGGUGAUCUCUCCCCCCCCCCCCACCGCCCGGGGCGGAAAUAAAUAAUAAUAAAACCCUCCA